GCGUGCGCAUGCGCGUUGCCCUGAGCUUUCUCCUUGUCCCACCGUAGCCGCCUUGUCAAACUCUGCAGUCAGCGCACAUCGCCAGCAUUUAAAGACACAAUGGCCGUCCCUCCUGCAUAUGCAGACUUGGGGAAGUCUGCCAAAGACAUCUUCAACAAGGGUUAUGGUUAUGGAAUUCUGAAACUUGAUGUGAAGACCAAGUCCCAGAAUGGUGUUAUGGAGUUUGCCACCUCAGGCUCCAGCAACACCAACACGGGCAAGUCGGGCGGCCACUUGGAGGCCAAGUACAAAGUCAGCGAGCUGGGCCUCAGCUUCAACCAGAAAUGGAACACGGACAACACUCUGGCCACAGAAGUCACCCUUGAGGACCAGCUGGCAAAGGGUUUGAAGCUCGGUCUGGACGCCUCAUUUGUACCGAACACAGGCAAAAAGAGCGGCAAACUGAAGACGGCCUACAAGCGGGAGUUUGUCAACAUCGGUUGCGACCUGGCGUUCGACAUGGCCGGCACCACCGUUCACAGCGCAGCCGUGCUGGGCUACCAGAACUGGCUGGCGGGCUACCAGGUGGCGUUCGAUACCACCAAGUCCCAGCUCACCAUGAACAACUUUGCUCUGGGAUACAAGGCCUCCGACUUCCAGCUACACACCAGCGUCAACGACAGUACAGAGUUUACCGGCUCUAUUUACCAAAAGGUGAACAGCAAAACAGAAAGUGCCGUCCACCUGGCCUGGACGGCCGGAAGCAACAAUACACUCUUUGGAGUGGGAGCCAAAUACCAGCUGGAUAAGGACGCCUCUCUUUCUGCCAAAGUCAACAACGCCUGCCUUGUUGGAGUAGGAUACACACAAACCCUCAGGCCAGGAAUCAAGCUAACGCUCUCGGCGCUCAUUGACGGGAAGAACCUCAACGGCGGCGGACACAAGAUAGGGAUGGGCUUCGAGUUGGAUGCGUGAAGGUGACGAGAAGAAAAGGCAUAGCAGAACGAGGAAAAGGAAGAAAAUGAAAGAGGCCAAUUAGGACAAUGCCUCCAAGGUCCAACCAGCAAUGCAAUACCGUUAAACCAGAUUGCUAGUUCAGUAACACGCUGCUCACUUUGUGCUAUUAGAAUACAACAUAAGAAGGAAGAUUGUGGCUACUUUGUUUUGGUGGCUCAAUGAUUUAUGCCAAGUUAACUGCUGUGUUGAAUCUGAGUUGGAAAUGACACAAUCAAAGUGAUUUGUUUUUGUUUUUUUUCCUGAAAACCAACUUAUCUAAUAUCUGAUUAAUUUAAAAUUUUUUUUUUUUUUAAGGAAAGAGGGUACUUUUCAUACUUUUCCUGCCACUUUGCCAAACACCGGACUAUCAAACAGUGCAAUAAAAAUGUUUUGUCCAAGUGA